CGCAAAGUGCAAGUCUUUAGUAGAGUCUCCAGACUCUAGAGAGAGAGAGAGAGAGAGAGAAAGAGAGGCGAAGGCAUGACACCGGCGGCCUCACCGGAUUACGAGUUCAAAUGGGGACCAUCUCCCGCUAAAAUCCAUCAGCCACCGGCUAGGCUUACCGUCAACUUCAGCCCGUCUCUAACUGCGAUGGUGGUCGUGGUCGCCACCGCAUUCCUAGUGGUCACCUAUUUCCGCCUCAUCUACCGCCACCUCCUCAACCCAAUCAUUGACCACUUCCGGUGGUGGCGUGGCCGGUGGAGACACUGGCGCCACCGUCGUUCCUAUGACCCUUCCACCACCGACAUCGAAUCAAUCCCAUCGAACGCCAUAUUCGAGUCUGCCACCACCCCCGCCUAUCACUUCCUUUCCCCUGCUCACGGCCUCGACGAGAUUGUCAUCAAAACUAUCCCUCUCUCUGUCUACACCACCAAGAAAUGGUCCAACGAUGCCGCUCGUGAUUGCGCCGUUUGUCUACUGGAUUUCCAAGAUAACGACUACAUCCGUACUCUCCCCGUCUGCGCCCAUGCUUUUCAUGUCGAUUGCAUCGACAAGUGGCUCAGGUCCCACGCCAAUUGCCCUCUCUGCAGAGCCGGAAUUUUCCAACCCGAAUCUCCGUUUGUUCCAAUGAUGGCAGCCAGAAUCCGCCCAAACCUUGAAGAUCGGGUCUCACAGACCAUAUUCCUCGAGCACGUAAGUGGAGCGGCUCACGAAUCCGAAAUCGCCCCCUACGUUGAAGAGGCAUCAGCAUCAGCAUCAGCAUCAGCAUCAGCAUCAGCAUCAUUGGUAUCACCGAGAAGAAACGAGAACCAUGACAGGUAUACCUGCAACUAUAACGGAGGUCAUGAUUUCCUGUUGAAGCGAUCGUACUCGUUCGGGUUCGAGAGUAACUUCGCAGUGGAUCGGUUCAUGUUGGAGCCAGCGACGGCUACGCCGUGCGGGUAUCGAAGGGCGAGCUUCUGGAGAAAAUCUAGGGUUUUCUCGUUCAGGCACUACAGGGGAAUGAAGUCUCCCUUCUUCCGACGAAGAUCGGGGUUCUAUCCAUUGUCUGAGUCGAGCUUAAGAUUCUCCGGCGGAGGGUAUUCGAGACGGAGCAAGUCGUCGGUGAGCCCGAUGUUCAUGAGGACAUCGAUUGGGGUGGGGUUAUCGUCGAGUAGGAUUAGAUGUGGAGAUCCAGAGGCGUUGCUCUCGCCGGAGAGAUUGAACAAACGGUGGUAAUUAGAUCAGCCAAAUGGAUGUGUUCGCCGGAGAAUCGACGGUUGGGACUUCGAGCGAAGGGUACAUAGAGAUAGACAUAGAGAGAGAGACUUAUCAAAAAAAAGAAAAAAGAAAAAAAGAUGAUAUAGAGGUAUGAGAGAGAGAGAGAGAGAGAGAGAGAGAGAGAGAGAGAGACUAUGUACAAGAUUCCUAAAUAUACAAAUAAAUUCCCCAUUUCAAUUCUCAAGCAAUCAGAUAAGUCUUC